GGUCGGGUAUCGGUGGCGUUUUCAUCGGGUGAUCGUGUUUUCUACCCCUGUCUUUCCCUAAUUUUAUCGGUAUCGUUUUGGGUAUCGUAACGUAACUGUCGCAUACAGUAUUUUUUUUUAAGCAAAAAUGUAUAUUUUCUCGAAUUUAGUUAAAGUUACAAUUCCUAAUUACUUAGCUGGGUUACCCAUCCCUGAUAGUUUCGGUGGUUGGUUUCGUCUAGGAGUUCGUGAUUGGCUUGCUUUGUUACCACCAACUUUGGCAGUAGGGGGUAUCUCAUAUGUAUCAUAUCAAACAAUAAAGAAGGCUCGUGAGGCUGGCAAUGGCCAAGUAAAUCCUUCUAUUAGAAAGGAUAUAAACAAAGUUGUAGAUUUCAUUGAUAUUGAAGACAUCACAGAGAAAGUCUCACUUUGCAGAUGUUGGAGAAGCAAAAAUUGGCCCUAUUGUGACGGGGCACAUGGUGCUCACAACAAGGAAACCGGUGACAACACUGGUCCGGCAGUAGUCAGGCACAAGGAAAUCAAGUAGAAAUCGAGUUUACUCGUUUAAGAAUAAGUGAUAACAAAAUGUGAUCUAAUUAGCUUAAAAUUGUUAAAUGUAAUAUUGUUCACAUGUGCACCCAUUUGCUCAGUUGAUGU